AUGCUUUGUCCUGACACUAUUUCAAUAUACAAUCUAGAGAUCGAAACUGUUAUGUUGGGGCGCUUUACUUCACCACCCGGAUCUGCAUGGCCUAGACUCUCCCACCGGGACUCUUUUCCUAUCUUAAAUGACUCCCGAACUGGAUCUCGGGCAAUUACUCUUUACCAUAAACUAUCUUCUCUCCGAAAUGCGGUCGAGAAGCUUCUGAAAAAAAGGGUUCCGAGAAAGCCCGUGUUUCGGUACCUAGAAACCUUGAAAAUUGAACCGCUUAGUUGGAGCCAAGUGGUUGAUGUCGGACUGGACUUUGAAUGGGCCUUGGAUCUGAUGUGCGACCACUUAAGUGGCUUAGAAUAUCGACCAUCCCUGCGACCCCGAGAUCCGCAAAUGCCAGCCGAGAAGACGACUAAUAAUCUGAAUCUCCUGAGUGGCCACGUCUUAGCUCCGAGUCCCGUCUCAAGUCGACAGACUGGUACAACGAUAGGACCCACAUGGGUCAAACCUCGUCGAUUAGCCAGAAUGGCCAUGGACCUGCGCGACGUGUCUUUAUCAAUUCUACGUUUAGGAUCCCAUGGCUUUUCUGGAGGAGCAUUGCCUCCAGAAAUUUUGGAUUGUACAUUUUCAUGCUUAGAUCCAGAGAAACUUUUUCCCUUGAUCUGCGGAACUAAGCACUCAAAGGAAGACAUCGUAGGAGUAGAAACAUCACACUCUAUUCACAUGGGUCUAACAGUCUCCCGAGCUCUGUCCCCAAUGGAGGCCACGGCUGUCAGAGACAGGAGAAGUAUAGGUACCAGAAAUGCAGAAGCACAAUUGAUAUGCCGAUUACACAACAAGAAAUGUAUUGUUAUCAAUGGCAAUGAAACGAGCAGUAUACCUCCCUCUACGGGAAUAAUAUCAACACCCGCUUAUGCUCUUUAUGACUAUUCCAGCCUACACAUGUCUGAUUCGGCAAAUCGAAAACGCAAUGAAACAGCUAGCAUGCUGUGGCUCCGCAGCCUCUCUCUUCCUUUAGGAGUAUAA